CGCCCUUAUUUCUAACCUAAAAAUUUGCGACUUGUCAAAUGUCGUCUGCUCGCACGAACUGUCAAAUCAACAUAUAAUGAUUAAAUAUUUAAAUUGAACAUUUUUAACUAUAUUGUUUUAUUCAAUGUAAACUAUUUAAUUAUUCUGCUUUUGGUUAAUUGAAAUUAGCAAUUGAAUACUUAAGAGUGAUUUUUCCCCCUUUUUUUUGUUAUUAUUUCCUAAAUGCGAAUCAAAUGAAAAAACAAUGAAUACAAGUACGUGUCAACAUCAGUAUGAUCUCACAGACAAAAAUAAUUGCAAAUUACAAAAAAAUGCAAUUUAAUUUUGGAUACAGUUUAACCGGAAUUAUUCUGGUUAAUGAACUCUGUUCCUAGCGAUUAAACCUAAGACUAAAAACAUGCUACGUCGAAGUAGGGUGAAAUCAAAGCCGUUUAUUUUUGCUUUGAUAUUGGGUUCAGUAAUUUUGUACAAUGAAUUUAUUGUAUAUGAAAUACAAAGUUUAAAAUGGACUUUAUUGGAAUGUAGAGAUUGUGUGCGAGUUUUACUUGUCGCUGAUCCUCAAAUAUUAGGAAUAAAAAAUGAAAAUUAUUUUGGAUCUUCUCUGGCGAUUUGGGAUAGUGAUAGGUAUUUAGAAAAAACAUUUUCGCGAGCUGUGAGACGAGCAAAACCUCAUGCAAUUGCUUUUCUUGGUGAUCUUAUGGACGAAGGUCACAUUGCUUCAGCUGAAGAAUUUGAAAAAUAUAAACGCAGAUUAAAUUCUAUUUUCUCUACCUCUGAUGAUAUAAUGAAAAUUUACUUGCCGGGAGACAAUGAUAUUGGAGGCGAAGAGGAUUCGGUUAUGAAAAAUAUUCAUCAAAGAUUUAAUUUUGCUUACACUCAGCCAGAUACUUUAGUGUAUAAAAGUGUUAAUUUUUUUAAGGUCAAUAGAUUAAUUCAUGAUAUGCCAAUGGCUCCUAAGGAUGCAUUUUUAAAUGAUUAUGCCGAAAGAAAUACAACGAAUGUCGUACUUAGCCAUAUGCCAUUACUUUUCAUGCCCGCUACUUUUGUUCAAAAUGUUAUUAAAGAAUUAUCGCCACAAAUAAUAUUCAGUGCACAUGAACACAAAGGAAUGCACACAAGUUUAGAUACGGCAACAGAUCAACUUAGUGAAAUUCAACUUUUUCCACCGCAAGAAGUUUCAUUUUAUCAAUUACGAUUGGAUUUGGGCGAUGUUCAUGAAAUACAAAUACCAACGUGCUCUUAUCGAAUGGGAACGAAAAAUAUGGGCUAUGGAUUAGCGUACAUUAAUACUCAAGAAAAGACUUUGGAUUUUACAAUUUUAUGGUUGCCACAAAGAUUUGUACUUUUGGAAAUUUAUGCUGUUGUUGGUUCAAUAGUGGCAUUUUUUUCACUUAUAAUGAUUAUCAUUAUUCGUCGAUCUUCUAAUCAUAUUUCAUAUUCUCGAGCUCCCAUGUUGUGAACAAAAAUUUUUUUUUCUAAUUUUAAUAACUUUAAAACGAAAGUAGAAAUAUUUAAAAAAAAAAAUUUUGAGUGAGAAUAGUGGCCAAAUUUUGUCUUUUUUGAUAAAAUAUUAUAUUAUAAAAGUUUUUUUUUUUUUGCGAUGAAAUUUUAAAGAAAAAAAAAAAAAUUUUUUCAAUCGUUUGAAAUUGAAAUAUUUUAAAAUAGAACAAAUGUUAUUUAAUAAUACAGCAAGUUAG